AUGAGCCAUCAAGAACCGCAACAAGUCCAGGAUGACGACGAUAGCACGGAUGAUGAACCUGAAGCUCCUCCAGUUCGAAUGGCUGAACUAAUGCAGAUCAUGGAGUUCUUUCCAGAUGUACGAACAGAGUCCGCCCUGGAACUGCUUGAAGAAGAAAAUAAUGAUGUGGAAGAAGUGCUCGAUAGAUUGGUCAAUAUGCAAGGCUUUUAUCCGAAAGAUGUUCCACAAGCGGCAGGAACGGUCCCAGAACCAACGUCAAAUGCUCCAAAGUAUGACUUUAUGUCGCCAACCAGCUUUGUUCCUUCUCAUCGAUACAAAUGGCAGAGUGUAGACCAUCUGGUGUUUCGCUUUCCGUUCCUUGACGCUCGAAAGACCAAGGCUCUCUUUGAAGCCAACCAUAGAAAGUAUGCCAUCACACACAAUGCAAUCUGCCAGACCAUUCUUGGGACAUCAAACACAGCCAUGGAACUGCAAGACGGGAGAAAGUUUGAUGAACUACUCUUGGCCGUGCUGUUUGACAAAUCUUCUUUGAAACAGGAUGAGUUGGCCCUUCUACGCAACAUUUUCAAACGCCAGCAGCCGCACAGCAAGCGAAGCAUAUUCCUUCCACUCCGAGCCAAACUUACGCCCAAACACUGGAGCCCCCGCAUUACUUGUCCCAUUCUUGAAGAGGAAAUCAAGCAUGUCCAGAAUGAGAUUGUCCAGCUCAAGCUAACCCUUGAGAAGGACAUUGCUCGCCGUCGGGCCCGACAAGCGUCUAUCACCGCUGGGGAAGCAAUGACAUGCUCGUGCUGCUACGACGAAGUUGCAAUGGACGAGUUGGUAGCCUGUCGGACAGAGGGACAUCUCUUCUGUGAAGGCUGUCUGUCAAGCUAUGUUGAAAACACCAUAUUUGGUCAGGGAGGCUUUGGGGUUCACCCAGUGACGAAAGAAGCAGCAACAGAGAUUCUCUGCUGUUCGGGUGAGGGCUGCUAUUCUGGUUUUGACAGAUUCUAUCUGAAGAAGGCACUCCCAGAAAAGGUACUGCAAAAGUAUGAUGAAAUCCAAGCGCACAUGGCCAUUGAGCAAGCGGGGCUUCGGGACAACAUGUAUUCCUGUCACAACUGUGAAUUCAUGUUUGAAGUACCAGAGGAGGCUGACUUCUUUGCGUGCCCAAUGGAGGGAUGUCAUUUUGAAGCGUGUCGUCACUGUGGAGAACCACCACACUUUGGAAAGUUGUGCCAAGAAGUGGAGGGCGCACGAGAAACUCUUGGGCGCAGGCGGGUUGAAGAAGCUGCAUCUAAUGCGGUGAUUCGAAAGUGUCCUUCGUGCCGCAAAGGCAUGAUGAAAACCGAUGGAUGCAACAUGAUUACAUGCCCAUGUCGUGUACGCUUUUGCUAUUGCUGCAAUCAGAGAGCACGUACCUAUCGUCACUUCUGUCAGGAACCCCAUUGUGAACAUACAGAUCCUCCAAACACUUGUUAUGGCAAGUGCCCUCUUUAUACAAAUGCAGAAGAAGAUGACAAAAGGGCCAUGCGAGAGGCAGCAAGCAUGGAAGCUGCGAACGUUGAGUCUGAAGCUCUUUUGAUCGAGGACCAGCACAACGUGCCAUGGGGUGCUCCACGCCCCAAGCAAACCAUCACGAUCGAUGUGGAGAGCAUCCUGCGGACGCCCAGGGGUAGCUAA